AAUGAAAUUUACAAAAAAAAUAUAUAAAUAAAUACAUUAUUUUUAAAUAGGGCACUUUCAAUCCGAAACUUUUAACUGAUAGUCUAUGUUGUGGACCCCCCUAAAGAGUUCCAGAGGGCGCCUCUGCUGCCGUUGUUGUUGUCUUGGGCGGCGAAAUGAGCAGAUUUGUUUGUAAACUUUUACAGAGUGUAACCCAAAUAAAACCGGGACAAAGAUCCAUUUGUUUAACUACAGUAAGAUGUGCAGAGAGUGGAACCACGGGUGAGGCUCCAACCCGAUCGGUGAUUGUGGAAAAGGACUCGCAUAUCACACUUAUUGGACUGAAUCGGGAGCAAAAACGCAACUCCAUCGAUGCCCAAACGGCGGAGCAACUAACUGACGCCAUCAUCCAAUUCGAGGCAGACGAUACUUCUCCAGUGGGUGUUCUAUAUGGCAUUGGAGGCUCCUUCUGCGCUGGCUAUGAUCUGGAAGAGCUCGAGGCGGAGGCGCAACGCGGCAGUCUCAAUUUUCUGUUGCGUCACGAGGGCUCCAUAGGUCCCACCAGGCGGCAUCUGCGGAAACCUAUUGUCUGCGGAAUUAGCGGAUUCUGCGUGGCUGGCGGGCUGGAACUGGCCCUUCUGUGUGACCUACGUGUGAUGGAGGAUACGGCGGUCUUGGGAUUCUUCAAUCGCCGGCUCGGGGUUCCAUUGAGCGACGGUGGAUCGGUGCGUCUCGCCGCUGCAGUCGGUUACUCCAACGCAUUGGACAUUAUAGAGACAGGGAGACGUGUCUACGCCAGGGAGGCGAUGAGAAUGGGACUGAUAAACCGUAUCGUUGCCACCGGCACUGCCUUGGGGCAGGCCGUGAACCUUGCCUUCUCCAUCGCCAAAUUUCCAAUCGGGUCCCUGAUGCACGACCGGAAUGCUGUACUGGAAAAUGCCAACGCCUACAACAGACCCGGAUUCCGUGCUGGAACAUACAACGAGAUAAUGAAUGUCACUUCUGAGAUGAUCAGCGAAAUGCAAGAAGGGGUGAAGCGAUUCAAGAACUCGGAGGUCAAAGGCCCCAAAACCGACUCCUGGCACAUCAAGGAGAAAACCAUUCCAGAUUGGGAAAAGGAAGAAAUCGAAAUAGAAAAAACACUGCAAAAAACGUGACCAAAUCCACAGUAAAAUUACCCCGUUUAUCUCAAGAUUAGUGCAAUUAUUUUGUUGUUAUUUAUAAAACGAAAGCCUUUAUUCACGUAAAAUACAUUUAUUUAAUGAUUUAUGUAGUUGUCCGCCUAAA